GGCCCCCGUAAAUCUCUUAACCGUCUGCCGUCUGCCGUCUGGGGUAUGCGGGGGUAGCCAGGGGGUUAUGUCAAUUCUGGAUGUCGGCAAUGUGAAUCUGUUUCGUUGGAAUGCGAAUUGGCUUUCUGUGUGCUAAGGAAUUCUUCAAGAGACAGCCUGUCCGCUGUCUGGAACCUCGUCAUUCUCUUUCUCUGCGUCACUGCGUUAGCGAGACAUAUACCUCCGCAAUUAUGGUUGCCGCAGCUAUCUCAGCAAACCCGCUGCAGCUAGAUAUCCGCAGCCAUACAAAAUGUCUUGCAAUCUGUUUUAUUGUCACAGUUUCAAGUUUUCAAUAUGGCCUUGACUAUGCUCUCGUCGGUGGCUUCAUGGCCAUGCCUGGUUUCCUAAAGGUCUUUGGCUAUUACGAUGAAUCGGCUGACAAGUGGGCAAUCGACCCGACUGUCCAACAGCUUAUAUCCUCUUUAAUGACGAUUGGAACGUUCGUGGGUUCGCUUUCGGUUGGCCCGUUCAGCUCCAAGUUCGGGCGACGACAAGGAUUAUGGACGGCAUCUGUUUUGAACUAUAUCGCUACGGCUAUAAUGAUCGGAACGACAAAUCUUGGCGCACUUUAUCUUGCCCGUUUCGUUCUCGGAAUCUCGGUAGGCUGGUUCCUCACGUUCGCACAAGUUUACAUCAAUGAAGCUGCUCCCGCCCAUCUCCGAGGUAUCGCUUUCGCCGUGUAUCAGAGCCAGCUCUCCAUAGGAUCCAUCGUGGGAGCAGCCAUAGAUUAUGGCACGCACACUAUGCUCGACAAGGAGGCCUAUAGAAUACCACUUGCCAUUUUCUUCGUUGCUCCGACCAUCCAGUCGAUCGCCAUGCUUUUCUUCCCCGAAAGCCCACGUUGGCUCAUGACGCAAGGAAAAGAAGUCGAAGCUGAAUCAGCGCUUCGAAGACUUCGAAACAAGAAUAUUAAAGAGAAGGAAUUCCAAGCCGAGUUCGAAGAAAUCCGAAUCUCCACAGCAGCGCAAUCAGGCCAGUUUCAGGGGAAGCACCUGUGGGUCGAGAUGUGGAAGGGUACUAAUCGGCGUCGAUCCCUCCUUUCUAUCGCUGUUAUUUGCUUUCACUGUGCUAAUGGCUCUUCUUGGCUAAAUAUUUAUACGACUUACUUUCUCACUGUUGCUGGUGUACAAGAAGCAUUUUCAUACUCCACCAUGAUAACAUGUAUGGGACUUGUCGGCGUCCUGGCUAGCCUCUUUGUUGUCCGUCAUAUUGACCGUCGUGUCAUCCUUCUCAUCGGAGUAGCAGCGUGCGGCUUUUGCCAACUUGCAUUUGCGGUCGCCUGGACUGUAGCCCCACGGACUGUGGUAACUGCAAAGGCAGUUGUCGCUUUUAUCGCACUAUUUAUAUUCUUUUAUGUUGCCUACGCUCCGUAUGCUUGGCUCCUAGGAGGUGAAUUGCCUAGCAACCACCUCCGAGCCCAUACGUACGGCGUAGCUACUGCGCUCAACUUCCUUGGUAACUGGCUUGGUGUCUUUACGGCGCCAUAUUUCAUUAACCCGGCCAGUCUUGGAUGGAGUGCCAAAUACGGAUAUAUCUGGUUCGGAUCUAACGUUGUGGUGUUUCUUUUUACUUGGGCCUUUAUGCCAGAGACACGUGACCGAACCUUGGAAGAAAUAAACGAGAUAUUUGAAGCUAAGGUCCCAGCCCGAAAGUUCAAGAGAUAUAUAUGCACAGGCACAGAAGCUGUGAGAACAGCUGUCAUCGAGGAGAAGAACAGAAGCACAUCUCAUGUGGAGUAAGUAACUCGGGAAGUUGUAUGGAGUUGAUGAGGUUGAUUUAGAGAGAAUUUACGAUAUUUGCAAUAGUUUGCUUUCUUUGGGGGAAAACGAAUAGGGGCUCUAUUGGGGCAGCCCGCCUUGGCUUUCAAUGACUAUCGUAUCAAAGCCAAGAGCAAGGAGUUCCGACCACGGUAGCAAACUAGAUUCUUUCAAAAUUAGCAAUGAAGAAGUAAGUACCUGCCCAGGGUAAACAUUUUUUGAUUCUGAUUCUUGUAGGUGCUUUGGGGUUGGCGUUCUGCGUACUGGUUCAAAAUCACUUGUGUCAUACCUCUUUUGUUCUUCCGGCCCACCAGGUGUAAUACUGAUUGUAAUUUACGGCUUCUAUGUCUAAAUAGACUCAUCACUGAG